UCCUGUUGCUGCUCGAACAUACCUAACCCUUGCCAUGCAACUGAGCCCCUGAAUCAUGAGCCGAGAAGAGCCCCGCUUUCCUCCAUUCGGCUCGACGCAGGGCUCAAUGCUGCCGUCGGGGCGCAACCUCGGCAUGUGAGCUUCAGCACCACCGAACGACCCCGUCACGAACAAUCCCAUCCAUCCCUUUGUGCUUCAUCCGCUUUACCAUUUGGUGCAUUCCAAUCGUAUGCUCCCUAUUCCUCUUGAUUGAAGGACCCAAUCAUUUGGCCAUUAGGAGCGACUCUAUUAUUCUCUCGGCCGACGAAGCGAGUCUAAUCGCGAAACGGCCUUUACACACCCCGACCGGGCGAACUCCGACCGAUAAAGCUGAACAGUUACAACAACAAAGCAAUUCAACAUGGUCGCCGACGCCCUCAUCUACCACCCGGCGGUAUCGCACUACCUCAAGUUCGUCGCCACGACCGUCGGCCGCGACAAGCUGCUGCGCACGCUGCAGUACUUUGCGCGCUUCUUCGCCUGGUACCUGCUGCGCACCAACCGGCUUAAGUCGGCCAUCACGCCGUGGGAGGCCAUGAAGAAGCAGUUCGGCCUCGUGCGCAAGGUGCUGCGCGCGGGCAAGAACGUCGAGCACUUCAAGGCGGCCGCCGUCGCGGCCGACGCCAAGACCAUGGACCCCGUGCUGCGGUACGCGACCGUCGGCCGCCAGCUCGGGUAUGCCGGGUACUUGACCAUGGACAUGGCGACGCUGCUGGACGCGACGGGCAUCAGGAAGAGCGCAAGUGCCAAGCGGUUCCAGCAGGAGGCGUAUCGGUUCUGGGCCGCUGGGAUUACGUUCAGUAUUGUCGGGCAGAUGUAUACUCUGUACCAGCUGCGGCAGCGCGAGGCGAGGGUCGACCGCAAGGAGGGCGAGGGCGUGUUGGAGAGCAAGAGGAUUGCGAUGGAGCGGGCGGCUAGCCAGCUGCAGCUGACUUCGGACCUCUGCGACCUAACUGUUCCUCUGUCCGCCCUUAAUUGGGUCGCUUUUGACGACGGCAUUGUUGGCCUUGCCGGCACCGUGAGCUCUUUGAUCGGUGUUUAUCUGCAGUGGAAGAAGACGGCCAACGACUGUACAGGUUGUGCAGUGAAUCAGCCUCAGGCCGCGGAUAUGAUCACCCAUCAUCAUAUCCGGAGCAUUGUGCGGCCGGGGUGGGCUCCCUGUGACGUCGAAAAGAAAGGCCACAUCUCUCUCGCAAAAAUGGCUGCACAGGCCGAGAUUGAGGAUCUGGGGCUUUGCAUCUUGGGUUUGGGCACCCAAUAUCCUCCUCAUAGCCUCCAGCCCAAUUCCCUCGAGGUGCUGAGCAAACGAUUCUACCCUGAGUCGCCAGCCAUGAAGAAGGUCCUGUCCAUCAACCGGUACACGGGCAUUGACCAGCGCUCUUCGAUUGGCACGCCCGACCACCCGUUGGUGAACCAACCGAAUCCCCCCACCAUCGCUGAGAUCCACGACGCCUUCAUGUCUGACGGCGUACCGCUAGCGAUCAGUGCUGCGCGAAAAGCCCUCGAAGAGGCACACGUCGACCCGACACAGGUGACGCAUAUGGUCUCGACAACUUGCACGGAUUCAGCGAACCCAGGCUAUGACCACUUCGUUGCCAGAGAGCUCAGCCUCAAACCCAACACGGAAAAGGUCCUCCUCCACGGUGUAGGGUGCAGCGGUGGUCUGGCCGCCCUCCGCACAGCCGCCAAUCUCUGCCUGGGCCACACAGCGCGGAGAAAACCGGCCCGCAUCCUCGUGAUAGCCCUCGAGGUCAGCACCACCUUCGUCCGCAGCGAGCUCGAGAGCAUACACGCAUCCCAAGAAACCCGCAUUGGCGCCGCCCUCUUCAGCGACUGCGCCGGCGCCCUGGUUCUCUCCAACUCCCUCCCCUUCCCUGCAUCCACACCAACACACCCCCCACCACCGCCAAUCUACGUCCUCCUCGGCUGGCAACACCACACCUUGCCCUCGACCGAAACCGACCUCGGCUUCGACGUCGACCCGCAAGGCUGGAAAGUAAUCCUCUCCCCGCGCGUACCCAGCAUAACACAGUCCGUCCUCCAACCGACCUUCGCCUCCCUCCUCUCCACACUGCCCGAGGGAGCCCUCCCGCGGUCCUACACUUCCCCGGCCGAUUUCGACUGGGCCAUGCACCCAGGCGGCGCCACGAUUCUGUCGGGCGCCGAGCAGGCCCUGCACAUCACGCCCGAGCACAUGCGCGCCAGCUACGACACGUACAUUAACCACGGCAACUCGAGCUCGGCGACGGUCCUGAGCGUGCUGGACCGGCUGCGGCGCAAGGACAUGGACUCCCUGGCGCCCGAGGGCAGGGUAAGGGAGUAUGUGGUCGGGUGUGCUUUCGGGCCCGGGAUCACGGUCGAGAUGUGUGUCUUGAGGAGGAAUUUGGGUGGUGGUGGGGGUGGUGGGUUGAGGCCCGGGAUGGAGACGCCGCCUGAGACAGAUGAGAGUGGCGGGAGUGAUGUGGGGGAUGAGGGAAGCGAGGUUUCUGGGGAGGGACGGGAGAGCCGGAUGGAUGGCGGUGAUGAGGCCGAGUCGUCGGAAGGGUGUCGCCGGGAGGAUAAAGAGGCGUUUAUUAGCGAGGCGUUGGAAGGCGUUGAGCUGGACUGAAUCAUGUGAGCGGUGGGUUGGUGUUUGGUUGUGCAUAGAAGCGGU